GAAAUGGAAGUGUUUCAAACAGAUAAUUAUUACAUUUUUGUAAAACGAGAGAAAAGUCUUUGGUGGAAUAGGACAACAUCGGAAUUUGCCAUUAAAGCUGGAUGGGAUCUCUCUUCCGUGGACGAUAUUGAAUGCAUUGGCAUUACACAUGGCAUUGUCGGCGUUAUAUCCCUACCCAAUGUCUAUGAACCGCAUCUUGUGAUAAUUAAGGAGGCUACACCGGUCGGUGUACUUUAUCCACCACAUUUAGUGUAUAAAAUUAAGUCAAUAUGUAUUUUAAGUGCUGAUGAUCCGGACACUAGCCUUACACCAUGUACACGUCAUUCACGAAGUUCCAAUACAACACCAACACAUUCAAGAAAUUCCUCAACAUCAUCGACGUCGAUAGCGAAUGCUAAUAAUGCGAAUGCCAAUUCGGCAACAUCAACGUCGUCGUCACGUACGAAGUUAUUCGAAGGCAAUCAGUUGAUGAACAAAACAUGGGGUGCUGUGAAAAGUGCUGGUACAACUAUAAAGAAUACUACACAGCAAGCGGCGGCCCUGGCCUCAAAUCAAGUUAAGUCAUCGGUGGGUAUACGCGAUCCAUCGAGAAUUGAGAAGCGAAUUACGGAGGAGCUGCACAAGGUAUUCGAUGAUACGGAUAGUUUUUAUUUCUGCUUCGAACAUGAUAUUACAAAUAAUUUGCAACGCCAUCUGCCGACGGGCUCUACAGAUCAGCAGACACCGGAUGAGAGGUUCUUUUGGAAUAUGCAUAUGUUGGAGGCUAUAAUGAAAUUGAAUGUGAGUAGAGAACAAUUUUUCCUAUUGACAGAUCUUUUAUAACAAUUUUUUUUCUUUUUUCAGGACAAAACCUGGAUAUUGCCCAUAAUUCAGGGCUUUGUCCAAGUGGAAACAUGUGUCAUUGGUAAUGAGUGCUUCAAUUUGGCUUUGGUUUCACGACGGUCACGACAUCGUGCCGGGACCCGUUACAAACGACGUGGUGUCGAUGAAAACGGCAAUUGUGCAAAUUAUGUGGAGACCGAACAAAUACUCACUUUCCGUCAUCAUCAAUUGGCGUUUACUCAAGUUCGCGGUUCGGUACCGAUUUAUUGGUCUCAGCCGGGUUAUAAAUAUCGACCACCACCCCGCCUGGAUAGAGGUGAACAAGAGACCCAGGAAGCUUUUGAAAUACAUUUCAAUAAAGAACUCAAUAUCUAUGAGGGUGUGUGUAUUGUAAAUUUGGUCGAACAAAGUGGCAAAGAGAAGCUGAUCGGCGAUGCCUAUGCCAAACAUGUUUUGAAAUAUAACAACGAUCGUAUUGUCUAUAUAACAUUUGAUUUUCACGACUAUUGUCGUGGUAUGCGUUUUGAAAAUGUCUCGGCGUUGGUAGAGGCUUUAGCACCAGAGGCCGGUGCCAUGGGUUUUCAUUGGCGUGAUCAACGUGGUGUUAUAUGCAAUCAGAAAUCAGUGUUUCGUGUCAACUGUAUGGAUUGUUUGGAUCGUACAAAUGUGGUGCAGACCGCUUUGGGUAAAGCAGUAUUAGAAUCGCAAUUAGUUAAAUUGGGUAUGGCUCCGCCAUAUACACCCAUACCGGAGGCUUUGAAAUCGCCAUUUAUGGUGUUGUGGGCCAACAAUGGUGAUAUUAUAAGUCGGCAAUAUGCUGGCACCAAUGCUUUGAAGGGUGAUUACACACGCACAGGUGAACGCAAAAUCAGCGGCAUGAUGAAAGAUGGCAUGAAUUCAGCUAAUCGCUAUUACUUGGCACGUUUUAAGGACAGCUAUCGUCAAGCCACCAUCGAUUUAAUGUUGGGUAAUCUUGUCACCGCUGAAUCUUUAAACGCAUUGGGGGGCCAAGCGGCCCCGGACGACACCGAUGCUUCGGAAGGCGCCGAACACGCAAAAUUGCUUGUGGAGGAUUGUCGUAAAUUGCUAUUGGGUUCAGCACAAUAUCCAGUCGGUGCUUGGGGUCUAAUUGAUGCCGAUCCGGGAUCUGGCGACAUCAAUGAAACCGAAGUCGAUAGCAUACUCCUGUUAACCGAUGAAAGUUAUAUUGUUGCCGAAUAUGAUUCCCAUUUAGAUAAAAUUGUACGUUUUGAAAAGGUGUUAUUGGAAAAUAUUGUCAUGAUUGAGUUGGGCAUGUAUCAACAACAUUCGAAAAUGUUCCAAGGCUCCACACCAGCCAUGCUUUGUUUGCGUAUCAAUUAUACUGUGGAUGGUGUCGAUGGUUACUUCCAUAUGUUUAGAUCGGCAAAUAUACGUUUCUUUAAUAAUAUGGCUUAUCCCAUUAGGACACCGGAGGAAAUAUCUGAAUCAAUGCAAUCGAUUGUGGAAAUGUUUCGUAUAGCUUUGGAUACGGUGGGUCGUUCAGAUGUUAAAUUUAUAACCGGUGGUGUUUUGCAAAGACGCAAAAGUCGAAAUCCUUUAUUGGAAGUACCAAAGGGAAUGCCUCGCAAUCUCUCCGAAUCUCAAUUGCUGCAAAUUAGUUCCAAAGCCUUUUCCAAUGUCGCUGGUCAAUUCUCGAAAUUGGGUCAAACGCUCAAUCCAAACAAAAACAAAACAACGAAUAACGCUCCAAGCACCUCAAACAACAAAACUACUGCUCAAAUAAAUCCCCAAGUAAUGCGUCAAUCACAAUCUUCCAUAGACAAGUGUAUGGAAGCGACAGAAAAGCCCACAUUUACAGUUGGUGGUAAAUCUUCGAAACUCUCCACAAGUGGUUCCGAUUCGGAGGAAAAUGAUAAUAGCAUCUUCGAACCGGAUGUAGAUUCCGAUACUGAGCUGGCUAUAUCGGCUGCAACAAAUUUCAAUUUUAACAACGAUAAUAAUUUUCUACCCUCUGUGGGUAUUGUAAUGGGUAAUGCUGCACAGGAGGCUGUUGAAAUUCAAUCGCCCAACUCAGAUGAUAUGCAACAAUUGCGUGAUAAAGAUAAUGCUGUUAAACAUACGGAAAAUGUCAAUUCAAUUUCGAUUUCAUCGGUGGCCAAUAAUGUGACCCUGCCAACGGGUCUAUUGGAGAAUGCUCCACCGCUAAGACCAAUUACACCGAAUCCACAAAUAUGUAUACAAGAAGAUGUUGCUGCAGCAUCAUCGGCUACGGCUGGCGAAAAUCAAUCAAGAUCAAUGUCACCCAAGGAUCUAAAGCUACCCAUAGAUACGGGUAAACUAAAACAAUUGAAAUCAAUGACCAGUCCACUGUCGAAAAUCGCCAAAGGUGUGCAAAAUAUUGGCAUGAAUUUGGAUCCCAGGAAAAUUGCAAAGACCGGUGUCUUGACACCCACUUCAACCGGCUCCGCUGACAAUACACCGCCCGAACGUAGCCUCAACAACAAGGUGCAAUUAGAGGAAAUGUGGUUGGAACACAAUUGCAAAACCAAAUUAAUAGCUUUGUAAAUU